UGGCUCGGAUAGUAAGCCACCCACCAGGUUCACGAUCAGAUGGAAAUAUUGAUCCUGGAUAAGGGGCAUCUGUGUUCCGUCUGUUGGCAAACACGUUUUACUACAUCCUCAUUGAGCAGUGUGACUUGAAGUGAUAUUCAAUAACUAAUUUAUUUAUUAUCGUUAACAUUUUUCUCACGAGCGUGACAUGGUGGUGGUCUAUUACCAGUGAUCAUACCGAAACGAAAAUCUCCUACAAUGUUUUUACAAAAUUAGUCAGAUGACCUAGAUGCGCCAGUACGCUUCAAUCGAAAAUGCCUCUGCCAAACAUCCUGAAAAAGGCAAGCAGUUACAUUUUAGGCGAUUGUAGUCAGGACAAUCGUCGCACUGUGUACCAGGAUGGCGAGGCGUUGUUUUGUAAAAAUAAUGUCUGUGUCCACCCGCCAACGUUGAUGAGACAAAACUCCGACGUGGUGCAUCAUCCUGGAUAUAUGGCGAUAACCUGUAGAUUCAAUAAGAAUUCAAAUAUACCAACGCUGCACCUUAGUUGGAUUCCUAACAGCACGCUUCGGAAGCAUCCUGCAACAUUAGAAAAUAUAAAUGCGAAGAAGCUCGAUUCUGCCACACAUCGGGACGGUGAGAUAGGCAAUCACCCAUCCCAAAUAUCCGAAGAAAGCUGUAAUUUAAAGAGUGACUAUGAACACACCAGCGAGAAGGUCGAUGUAUGCUUAGAAGUGAAGGAACCUGUAAGUUGUGGAGAUUGCGAGCGCGUUUGUUCCGGUGGAUUUCCGCGAAAUACGGAACCGGAAGCGGAACCGGAACCGGAAUCGGAACCUAAUGGCAUCAACGUGACGAAUGAUAACAGAGAAUAUUUGUGUGACGAGCAAACUGUAUUUUCAUCGGAAGACAAAGAAGCGUCAAACACUGAUGAUCUUACUCAAAAAGAUGUUCAGCCUGACGCUUCACCGUCUGCUAUACGCGAAGAGAGCGACUGUAGUAUCGGUUUAAACCGAUUACGUUCUGAAUCCGUGGAUGAAAAACACGAUGAAAGUCACAAUAGCGAGGAUGAAAAAGCUGACAAAGUACAAGAAGCUGAUAGGAAAAGCGUGGAUGAAGAACUUAGAUAUCCAUAUUACGAUGAUGGUAGUCUUAAGAGUCGUAGUAUGUCGUUAACUUCCACUUGUAGUCUAUCUGUCGCUGAAGAAAUCCCAACAUGGAUGAGAACACCCGAACUAUUGGCAUUGCAGCAUAACCUUACGUUUCCUGAAAGUGCUACAGCUUCUCCUGUUACCUUACGUAGAGCACACAGAUGUAGGAGGUUUUCUGUUGAUCUCAGUGAAAUGAGAUCUUUAAGGUUGUUCUUUGCGGAUCCAGCUUGUACCUCUGGUCAAUUAGUAGUCGCAAGUAGAGAGAGUCAAUACAAAAUUCUGCAUUUCCAUCAUGGUGGUUUAGAUAGAUUAGCAGCAAUUUUACACCAGUGGCAUCAGUUACUUUAUCCAAGAUUGAACGAGGAUACUGAAGAAGGCCUUCCGUAUAGACAUUUUAUGGUAUGUCGACCAGAGGUAAGUCGUGAUGAACUACAUCCAGAAGAGGGACAAGUACCAAUGAUCACCUCAUUAGCAUGGAAAGAUUUAUUGAAUGAAAAAGGUCAGGUAGAAGAUGAUCUUGCACUUCGCAAAGGAAUAUUUUUUGGUGGAUUAGAACCUGCAUUAAGGAAAAUUGUAUGGCCAUUUCUUCUUCAUUGUUAUUCAUAUCAAAGCACCUACGAAGAAAGGGAACAAUUAGAUAUCAUUCUAAAACAAGAAUACGAGGAGAUUCAAAAACAUAGGACAAAUAUGAAUCCAAAACAGGCAGAACACUUUUUGCGAAAUGUGGUGUGUAUUGUAGAAAAGGAUGUUGUUCGUACAGAUAGAGGAAAUCCAUAUUACGCAGGAGAAGAUAACCCCAAUAUUGAAGUAAUGAAAAACAUUUUAUUGAAUUAUGCAGUUUAUAAUUCUCGCUUGGGAUAUACACAAGGCAUGUCCGAUUUGUUAGCACCAUUGUUGGCUGAGCUCAAUUCAGAAACAGAAGCUUUUUGGUGUUUUGCUGGUUUAAUGGAAAGAUCUGUAACUGUAUGCACGCCUACUGAUGUUGAUAUAGACAGAAACUUAUGUUAUUUAAGGGAAUUAGUUAGGAUAAUGGUACCAGACUUUUAUGCACAUCUUCAAAAACAUACAGAUGCCUUAGAACUUCUAUUUUGUCAUCGAUGGAUACUUCUAUGUUUGAAACGGGAGUUUCCAACUGAAAUAGCAUUAGUAAUGUGGGAAGCUUGUUGGGUAAAUUAUUUAACAGAUCACUUUCAUCUGUUCCUUUGCCUUGCUAUAAUAUGUGUUUAUGCUGAAGAUGUAAUAGCACAAGAUCUUAGAACGGAUGAAAUGUUAUUAUAUUUUAGUUCUUUAGCCAUGUAUAUGGAUGGAAGUCUCAUAUUGAGAAAGGCUAGAGGCCUACUACAUCAUUUUCGCCAGCUUGUUCGUCUACCCUGUACAUUAGUAGGACUUUGUCGUCCGUAUGGUCCAGGAAUGUGGGAUUGUACUCAUGACCCUGUUAUAGAAUGUGUGGGUCAUGAAAUUGCAUCAUGCCCGCAUUUGUUACUGCAAUCAGUAUACGGCCGUACUUUUAAAUGCUGUUCUUAUGUGAAAUAAAUACGUUACAGACAUUUCAGUUAACUAAAAUGUUCUGAGUAAUAACAGAAGUUAAUGAAAGUAAUAUUUGACUCAUAUUCUAUUUGUAUGAAAAAAUUCUUAAUCAAUUUAACAUACAAGAAGGAAAUUAUACAUUUGUAUUAUCAGGUUCUUAUUUGUAUAUCUUAUCAAUUUACAAAUGCUGAUCUUAAGUUACCUGCCAGGUUAAAGUUGAUUAUAAAUAAAAAUCAAAAAGAUACAUUCUAAUAUUCAAUGUUUUACAACAGCUCCUACGAAAUAAAUAUUCUAUUAAAUAAUUAGAUAGAACUCAUAUGACCGUAACGAGUUCUAAUUGAAAACCUGUAGUACAAUUAAAGACUGAUGACCAAAUGAGAGUGGAGUAGUACAAGCAGCCUAGCUUUAAUAUCUCCAAACAAAAAAGAAAGCUUUCCAUCACAUAAACAUAUUUGUUAAAUACAAUUAAUAAGGUGCCAUUUUACAGCUUGGUACAGAUUUUAUGAGCCUUAAUCUGAAAACAAAAUCUAAUCUGACAUCAACAAACUAAAUCAAAUAUUUGAUAUAAGGAUUAUAAAAAUAUUUAUUACAUAUUCAUUAUAUUUCUUGGUCAAUUAAUAAUACACGUGUGUUCACUUUAGAAUGUUCAUCUAUACAGUGUUUUCAACAUUUCUUUUUUUACAAAACAAUUUUUAAAUUAAUAUUAAUUGCACAUGUUCACUGUAUACAUUGUAUCAUUUUCAUCUUUAAAUGUACCUAAUUGUUUACAAGUGGAAAUUUAUAAAACCAGAAUAUUAAUUUACAUAAAUUUCUAUAAGUACCUUGCUGAACAGUUUCUUUUAAUUUUUUCUAACCCAUAGUGUAUUUAUUCUAAUUCAUUUACUCGGAACAAGUUAUUAUAUAAUAUAAAAGACACAUAAAAGAGUACUUCUUUUUAUAUAUCAAAUUAUUUCAUCGGUUUUCAAAUAUAUAUUUAAGUAUUCUGUUAUAAAAAAUAUAUUAUAGAAGAACGGUUGAAUAGUUAUUUGUAUGGUAGUUUACAACUUCAUGAACAUGUGAAUGAAUUUCAUAUAUUUAGUAACAAUUUUCAAUGAAGUUGAAAGACUUCAUACAAAUAAUUAAAUAGUUUUACUAUACCACUUUAUGUUGUUAGAGUAUGACAAAGAAAUCUAUUUGUGUUAACAAUUGACAGCACAUCUAAGUAAACAUAAUAUAUAAAUAUAAAUAAACAGAAAUAUGUAUAUACGUAUAAAAAUAAAUUAAAAUAAGCUUAUAUAAUUAUUUAUUUAUCUUUAUUCGUCUAUUUUUAGAAAAUAUAUGUAUACACAUCUUAUUUACUGUAUACUAUACUUGUACAGGUACACGGUAUGAGAGGCAUAUUGUGAAUACUUUGUUGGCAGUUUUACACAUACCAUGUAUCAAAAUAUGUUUUGCAAUAUUCAAAUUAUAUUUAUUUGACUAAUAAUAUUCAUUUCAUAUAUUUUUUUGUGCGCCAUAUAAACUAAACAUAAAUAUUAGAAAAUCACAGAACUGAAUUCGUUUUUUUGUUUUAAUGAGAAGCGCUAAAUAGGCCAUCCUCAUUUUUUUUUGACACUAAGUAUACAUAUUAAUUACAAACUUAUUCUCUUAACCUUCAUACCGACUAAUAGUUGAUAGAACAUUAGUGUUGGCCACCAAAGAUUACUUAUUUGAAAGACAUUUUCUAUACAGUAAAACCU